AUGUCUAAUGAUAUUAAUCCAAAAAAAACUAUAAAUGUUCUUUUAGUUUAUCUUUUGCAAUUACAGCAUCUUGCAAUACAAUCCAUUGAAAAAAAGCAUCAUGAUUUUUUAGUAAAAAAUAAUGUGCAAAAAAAAAAACCUUCUUGUCCUCCUAAUGCUUUUAUUCUCUACCACCAAGCCAAGCAACUAGCAAUAGUUGCUACUAGUAUAAAUAUUUCAAAUAAUAAAGUUUCAAAAAGAGUUAGUGACAUGUGGCAUAAAGAGUCUUUGAAAGUAAAAAUUAAGUUCCAGCUUUUGGCUGAUAUUGCCAAAUUAGAGCAUAUGCAAAAAUACUCUGAAUACAAAUACCAACCUCGCUGUCCACAUGAAAAAAAGAGAAGAACUAAAAGAAAUUGUCAUCUUUCAAUAAAUGAAAUCUCUUCUUGA